CUAUUAUAGUUGAUAAUUUUCAUGUCUUUCUUUCUUUUUUUUUUUUUUGCUAUUUUGAUGAAGUGCUGUUAGAUUUCUGGGAUGGAACAUUUUAAUUUAAUUUCUGGAUUAAUAUAUGUGGCAACUUGCUUGUCCAACUACAGUUUUAAUACAGUAUAUUAGAUUAAUCCUUGGAUUAAUUCUUGAAACACAGAAACUAAAAUAAAUUUGCUUGUAGCGUUAAUUUUUUUUGGAAGAUUUUUUCCUGUGGUUAAAGUAAUUUUUUUUUUAAAUCGGGAAAAGAGGAAGGAAACAUUUUGCUGGAAAAACAAGGUCUACUUGAUUGAAAUUCAAACUGUGAUGACAUUGCGCUGGUGAUGUUUACUACAGAACAGAGGGUUGUUAAUUCAAUUUUUUCUACUGUAAACUAAAAUGCUAAUAGAGUCUUAUGAUCUGUUUUGUUUGAUUAGUUGUUUUUGUUGUGGUGGCAGCUAUUUGCUUUAGUAACUGGCAAAUGAAGGCUAUUUCAUUAUCUCGGUGCCAUAUAACGUGACGUUUGAUCAUGAAAAAGUAACUAGGGAGAUUUAUGAGAGGUUUCAUGCUGGCUUUGAUUUGAUUUUGGGGUCUGAAUUGGCAGAAUAUGGCCUUUUACUUGAUGAUAUUGUUGAUCUUCCACUUACUCGGUUGGCCAUAGCAAUGGUGCACUUCUACAAGUGCUUACUGGAAGUUUUUUUUGUGAGAAGAUACCCAAGGCAAAUGCAAUAAUAUCAUACAACAACAGGCCAGUGUCGGAGGCAGUACCAUACUUUGAGCAGGGCAUUUUGUUUCCCUCUUAGUUCCGACCAUGUGACAUAAGAGCUGCUGCAUACUAUGCCAAGCAGUUAGGACCUCUUGUCAGUCAAAUAUUUCCAAUUAUGGAAGCGUCUCCAGUACUAUAUUCAUUCACUCGAAAUGCCUCAGCAGAUGCAUGGAAGGUACUACUUGAUACUUUUGGAACCAUGAUUCCAGAUUACGAUCCAGAAGUGGCAGUGUCAGUCAACAAGUUUGUUGAUCAGUUGCCGGCUGUUUUUAAUCAGCUUGCUGAAGGAAUUUCAGAGUUCAGGCCAACACCCUCUGAGAAUCUUGACUGUUUCCAGAAGUCAUACAAUGUUCAGCAUACAUUACUGGUCAAGUUCAAUGUUGAUGCAAUUGAUCAGACUGAUCUCCUUGAAGAGACACUGAAGCCUCGAGCGGAAUCUAUUGGUGGAAAACUACAGAAAAUAAUAUUGAAUGGAACUCAUAUUACACCUUGCAUACAGGAACCUAGAUGGCAAGUGGGAGAUAUAUACUCGCCUGUAGAUGCUGUUGCUCAAGGUCUUAAGACAAUUUCUUUGAACAACACUAGAGUCCUCACAAGAACAAUUACAGACUGGUUUAGUCAACUUGAAGGAUAGAGACACAUGAAUCAGACCCAUGAUACGGCAAUAUCUGAAUCAUGUGAAUCCUUCCUGGUAUUGGGUUGACCUUCUUCCCUUUGAGUUGUUUGCAUAGAAUUUUUCUCAGGAAGUUUUGCAUGGAAAAGCAUCCUACGUUUGCAUAGAACUUUCUAGGAAUUUGCAGGGAAAAGCAUCCUAUGAUGCGUAGGAUGCAAGGAAUUUGGUUAGAUAUGAUAUAAAUACGUAAUUUUGACAGUUGUAGGCAUCAUUACAAGUUACAUGACUUGUAAAAUAUAAAUCUCAGACACUUUCUCUCUAGAGUUCUGCACACACUCACACAGAUGCAGCUUCAAAUGGCACCUCAACAUUUAGCUUACUUUUGGUAAUUGAUACCAGCAAUCAUUUGUUUUCUAUUUGGUACAUACUGAGAUUUAUGUGGUAGCAUUGUGCGUAGUUUGCGGGGAGGGGCAGACUGUAGAUAUAAGUCUCCUAUUAGCAUCAUUUGAUAUGAUUUGUCAUGUCUUGUAAA